CCUCGAUCAUAGAUCUUUGUCAUCGCAACGAAAACGUGGCCACGUCAGUGUUGACAGGAUGAGGAGCGUUUUGUCCUUGUCCUGUGGUCAGCCCGUGUGGUGGUGGCGACACGACGGUACCACUCGCCAAGAACGGAUGGGCCAACGCUUGCGUGGGCGAAAUGCGCUGGGCAGGGUCGAUCUCGAGCAUGCGCUGCAUGAGGUCCACGCCAUGGACCCACCGGCGACUGUCGACGUUCAUGCCGCCGCAUUCCCGGAUGCAUUUCCGAAGAUUCGCGACGACGUGGAGCUGCCGGGUGGCGAUUUUGUCAGCGUUGCGCCCGGUGGCGGCGAGGAGGCCGCCCAUGACGAGUGGCUUCUUGUCGUCUCUUAUUAGAGUACUGUAGUGACUUGGCACGGCAUGCGUUGUGUGUACGCUUACUACUUCGAAGUAACGUUACAUAACUUACCAGUACUUCAGCACUACUAUGUACUAGUAUUAAUACUACUAUUAGCUAAUAACACUAAUCCACCAACAACCCUCGAUCAUAGAUCUUUGUCAUCGCAACGAAAACGUGGCCACGUCAGUGUUGACAGGAUGAGGAGCGUUUUGUCCUUGUCCUGUGGUCAGCCCGUGUGGUGGUGGCGACACGACGGUACCACUCGCCAAGAACGGAUGGGCCAACGCUUGCGUGGGCGAAAUGCGCUGGGCAGGGUCGAUCUCGAGCAUGCGCUGCAUGAGGUCCACGCCAUGGACCCACCGGCGACUGUCGACGUUCAUGCCGCCGCAUUCCCGGAUGCAUUUCCGAAGAUUCGCGACGACGUGGAGCUGCCGGGUGGCGAUUUUGUCAGCGUUGCGCCCGGUGGCGGCGAGGAGGCCGCCCAUGACGAGUGGCUUCUUGUCGUCUCUUAUUAGAGUACUGUAGUGACUUGGCACGGCAUGCGUUGUGUGUACGCUUACUACUUCGAAGUAACGUUACAUAACUUACCAGUACUUCAGCACUACUAUGUACUAGUAUUAAUACUACUAUUAGCUAAUAACACUAAUCCACCAACAACCCUCGAUCAUAGAUCUUUGUCAUCGCAACGAAAACGUGGCCACGUCAGUGUUGACAGGAUGAGGAGCGUUUUGUCCUUGUCCUGUGGUCAGCCCGUGUGGUGGUGGCGACACGACGGUACCACUCGCCAAGAACGGAUGGGCCAACGCUUGCGUGGGCGAAAUGCGCUGGGCAGGGUCGAUCUCGAGCAUGCGCUGCAUGAGGUCCACGCCAUGGA